AUGAGUUGAAAAUGGAGUGUCUGUCCGUAGAGGAAAAAGUGGAAAUUCUUAUUUAUGAGGAAUCUAGGAGAAAUGUGCAACAGUCUAUUCUUCUGUAUGCUGAACGGUUUCCUGAUAGAAGAACUCCAUCGCAAAUAUCAUUUUAUCGUGUUAUAAAGCAGUUUUCCGAAGAAGAAAGUGUCCAGCCAAAAAAAAGGAGUCGUAGAAGAACCGCCACUGGCGAAGAUAACGAAAUUGCAGUGUUAGCUGAAGUGAAUUACGAUCCCCAUAUAAGUUCUCGAGAAUUAGCUACCAAUGUAGGGAUUUCUAAAAGCAGUGUUCUUAGAAUAUUAAAACAGCACAAAUUCCAUCCAUACCAUGUAUCGUUGCAUCAAGAACUACAUGGUGACGAUUUUGUGAAUAAAAUAACAUUUUGUAGAUGGGCACAAGACAGAAUGCGGAAUAAUAAUAACUUUUUUCUAUCCGUAUUAUUUAGUGACGAAUGUACUUUCACCAAUCAUGGUGAAGUAAAUCGGCAUAACAUGCACUAUUGGGCUGCUGAAAAUCCACAUUGGUUAAGAGAAGUGGAGCAUCAGAGACCCUGGUCUGGUAAUGUGUGGUGUGGAAUUUUGGGAGAUAAGAUAAUUGGACCUUUUUUCAUCAAUGGCACAUUAACAGGAAAACUGUACACAAUCUUUCUAACUGAGGAGUUGCCGUUAUUGUUGGAAGAUGUACCAUUAGAAGAAAGGCAGACCAUGUGGUACUAG